CGUUCCGCUCCGCUCCCGCUCCCGCCCCGCUCGGUCCCGCCGUGCCCCGGAGAUGCUGUCGGGGCUGCGCCGCCGCCUUUUCCCCCCGGAAGCGACCCACGGCGGCAGAUCCGACGUCGGGCUCUCUAGGAGAUCGUCCCCGGGGUGAUGAACCUUCUGGAAAAAAGACAAAAUGCAUCAAGGGAUGUUAUUCUUGACACCCCGGGGCAAAUGGAGGUAUUCGCCUGGUCAGCGUCAGGAACCAUCAUAACCAAGGCCUCGGCUUCCUCUUUUCCUUCAGUUGCUGUGUGUGUGCCGGACACCUCUGGCAGGACUAACCCUAUGGCUUUUAUGUCCAACGUGCUGUAUGCCUGCAGUAUCCUGUGCAAGACAAAGCUACCUUUCGUUGUAGUCAUGACGAAAGUCAGUUAA